GCAUGAAGGUGGUGAUGCCGAAGCGGGUAGUGGUGCUGCUGCUAGUUUGGCACGUCGAAACAGCGUACGCGCUCGUGCUAAUAUGUUUCAGCAGCUGCAGGAGAAGACUAGGGGCACAGAGGCGGCAGCGGCAGCUGCCACGGCGCUUAGUCGUGAAGAGCAGCGAACUUCACCACGACGGGCACCGCGUCAGCUUUCGCCUACGCUUGCCGCGACAGCCACACCACCAAUCAGCAUAUCCAACAUUGGCGACAGCAGCGAUGAGCCGAAAACGCCACAAAAUCCACCCAGAACGGAUGAGGAAAUCGGUGAGUGUUAUGCCAGAAAAUUCGAAAUGCGACGCAAGCAAAAACAACGCGUCCGUUUGCCAUAUCCUCCUUCUCCUCUGCAUACGCACCAAAUCAAACCCAAGCCCAAAUCCAAAUCCCAUUGCGGCAAAGCAACCACCCUCCUUUCACAAUAUUCCCAUCAAUUUUGUCGACAUCAUCAUCAACGUUUUAGCGUUUUGAAUGCAGAUUUUGUUGUUCGUUUAUGUUCGAUUUUAACACAUUACAUAAUUCGUCGCCUAAAUUCGAAACUAUUUAAAAUGUCAAUGCGAUAA